AUGCAAAACGCCGACAAUAACUAUGAAAAUGGCGAAAUACAAAAACUCCCAUCAUCCGAUCAUUUUCUUUCCGGAUCAAACUUUGUCACAUUAAAUGUAGCCUUGUUUCCAUGGGCAUCAAACGAACAUUUAAGCGAAUACUGUCAAGUGAUCGAACAUUACUGGUAUAAUAUUCUCAAUAAUCGAUAUGUCCGUUUGAAUUGGCUAACUGAAGAUGAAUGGGAUGGAGGAUAUCAUAAGAUACCGCAGGAUUACUUUGAUGUUUACGUAUACGAUGCACUCUACAUAAAUGAUUAUGCUUCUCGAGAAUGGUUAUGUAAACUGGAUCGAACUGAGAUAAUCUAUGCGCAUGAAAUCAAUCCGAAUGUUUUAUCUUUGAUCGAGUGUGAAUAUGAGAAGUAUUAUGGUAUACCCAUUUACGGAUGUUUCUAUUUAUUAUUCUAUCGUUCAACUGAUAAAGAGUUAGCAUCAAUGAAAACAUUCGAAGACUUAAUGCGAGUAGCAUCGACACGAGAUUUUAUCAUGAGAAAACCGGGUGGAGCAAUAAAAACAUUAAGUUAUUUAUCAAUAGUUGGAAGCAGUUAUGAAACUAUUCACAUAACUGAAGAUGGUCUUGACCAGAAUACAAUUCAUGGUUUAAGUGAAUUCUAUCGAUGUUCGAAAGCAUUCCUUGACAAAACAGAUCGUUACUCAUUUAAACAAUCAUCAUUCUAUCUCGGUUUCACCGAAGAUAUCAACACGAUGUUAUUAGUUGAUGAAAUGGAUUUAGAACAAAUCGAAUUCAUGCUUAUUCCAUUCAGUCAACAUAACCAUCAAGCCCAAUGUUGGCUCGAUUGCAUUGGAAUUCAUCCACAAACGAAAUUACGUCACACGUAUGAUCACAGUCUCCAGUUAGCAAAUCUAAUGACAUGUUCAAAUGUAAUGAAUGAAUGUAUGAAAGGACGAUAUUAUUUGAUUACCACCAAUCGUAUUACACUCGCGCAUUUGUCAUCGCAGAAUUCUAUCUACACUAAGCUACAAUCACUGAUUGAAAGUCAACUAUUUCGUCCAUUAAUAUUGCCUCCUGUGAUUAAUUCUACUAUUUCAAUCAGAGAACGACGAAGACAAGCGAUCGAACUUUUCAUAGCGCAGUAUAUCAAGCAAACACAAUCAGUCGUACGUCCUAAACAACUCAGUAGCUGA